UUCAGCAUCACAGAUUUCGUCAUAGCUACCGCAUUCUGGUUGUCCGUGGCGCAAUGCACAUUCAAACGCAUUGCAACCGCAUUUAAUUUCUCGUUUGGUUUCUCGCUAAUAACCGCGUUCAGAAUGGCCCAGCGAAUCCGAACAAACUCGGGACGAUAUGACAACGUCGUCAUGACAGAAUCAUCGAUACCCGACAGAAGUCCAUGCAACCAUUUCACGCACAUUGCCUUUGUUUGCUCCCACUGUAUAUGCGAAUUCAAAAGUCGUUCAAUGGCUAACAACUGUUCCUUGGCAAACAUACAACUGGGUGAGUUACUCUGCACUAGCCAUUCAGAGUUCGAUAAAAAAUAAUCGUGAGAUGCAACAUGCAUGUGCAUAACACUAAGCAGACAGUAA